AUGGCGACAGAGAUGGAAGUCGACCAGCACCAGAAUUCACGUUCGCCUUCUCCCGCGCAGCCACCACCGACUCCCGCAGCACCUGGCCCACGCGCCUCCGCACUCCAGAAACUCUACAACGAUGCGAUCAACCAUGUCGUGAAGACCAUCUCCUAUUCCAACUUCUCUGCCUGCUUUCCGACUCCCUCACAGGCAGUCCCCGCCAGCGUCAAGCUCCUCCACGAACAGUUCACCGAAAAACUGGGCGAGAGCAUGCGCAAAGAAUUCGAUUCGAUCCUCGCGGAGCGCAAUGUUAUUCCCUCCCUCAACGAGCUGGACAGACUCAUCGAAGAUGCAAAGCGACGGAAAGCGCGAGCGGCAGAAGAUAACAACGGGCACGUCCCAGUACCGCCGCAUACACUACCGGCUAAACAGCUGUAUAUCUCACAUCUGGCGCCGACGUUGGGGGAGUACGACAGACAGAUGAAAGAAAGGCAGGAGUUGCUAGCCACGGAGAACCAGGAGAUCAUGGGAAGGGUCAUGCAGCAACGGAAAGAUAUCAAGAGCCUGAUCGACGGAUUGGAGAAUGUGGUCAAAGACCUGAACGGGAGCGUCGAGGCUUUGCAGCCGGAAGAUAUGCAGGCGUUGAGGGAGAAGAACAGGGAAGUUGACGAGUCCAUGAGGUGA